AGUUUGCAGUGAAGGAAAUUAAUUAUCAGCUUAAUUAUCCCACUAACCAAAAUUGACGGCAAAAAGUAGAAAAAAUCAUCAACAACCACUGUAAAUUGUGGAAGAUCUGAAUGGCAACAAUUUUUGAGAAUUUUAACUUACAUCCUCGUUUGAAAAAUAAUGACAAUAUUGGAAGUAGAAAAGACUUUGAUAUUUCGAAGGUUCGUUGGCAAGUGAUCAUUUAACUCGCUUCAAUAGACAAACAUGAAAUUUACAGUCAAACCAACUUUAUUACUUUCGUGUACCCAUCUAACAGCCGCACUUUUGGAAGCUCCUACUAAGUUUUCGUAGAGUUAACACAUCUAAAAACAAAACUCUUCUCUUGUGAAUUUUAACAUCUGAUUUUAAAUUGUGACAUUUUAACUAUUUCAUAAAAAGUGUUAUCAACCAAUAGUUUUCAGUGUUAUUUUCAAUUUCUUUGAGAAGUCGUAAUUAAAGAAAAAAAAAUAUUUUCUAACUUCCCAAAUAGUAAUAAUCAUUUUUGGAUGCUUCUAAUUCCUAUAAUUUUUUAUGCUGACCAGCCAUUGACAUAGUAGCAAAGUUCACAAAUGUCGAGAAACCUGCUCAAAUAAACUAUUUUUAAAACUGGAAUGAGUGUUGGAACUUCUUUUAUCUUUUCCAUCUCUCAGCAUUUUGUUUGUUACUUUGAAUAUCAUUCUACAAGUUUAGACAUCCCACAGUAAUUGAUGCUUUCUUUUAACAUUCAUUUCCCUGUCUUUUAGAAUUUAGCUAUUGGAACCAUCUUUUCAUUAUGCAAAAUUACUGUCUUCUUGAGGUUGAUGUCAAUGGACAAGAAAUAUUCUUGGUGGACAAGACUAUUCUUGCAUCUUACUCUGGGAGAUUAAGAAAACUAUUCAGUAAGUUGACAGGGAAAACAACAAGGUUGAAAUUAAUUUUCGACAAAUUUCCAGGAGGUGCUGAGUGUUUUGAACUCAUUGUUAAGUUUUGCUAUAAUGGUGGUACCAUAAAGAUAACUCCUUUUAACAUGUUUCAACUGCAUUGUGCUGCCAAUUACCUUGAAAUGAAUCAACAAAUGCAGCAGGGGAGACCAAGUUUGGUUGAGCAAACUAUUUCUUUUUUCGAAAAGAUUCAUUACAUGACAUGGUCUGAGCUGAUUAUUGGCUUGAAAAAAUGCCAAGAAUUGAUCUUUUUCAUGCCAUAUUCCUCUUUACUACAACAGUUCAUGGAUUGUGUGGUAGGAAGGCUUGAACUUCAUUACAUUUCUAGUCCAUGUGCAUCUUCUACCGACAAUUCGUCCAUGCAGUUUUCAGGUGACAUUAGUACAGAAAGCAGGGGAAUUUACACUUGUCAAGCAACCUGGUGGUUUGCAGAUCUUGGAUUCUUGAAACUUAAUAUGUUCAAGAUGAUUAUCGACACAAUGAUUUCUAAGAAAUUGGAUCAUCAUGUGAUAUCUUCAUUCCUGUUUUAUUACAAAAGAAUGAAAUGUCUAAAUGCUUCAUCAGUUCAGAAAUGCAGAAUCAUUGAGACAGUUAUCAAACUCCUUUAUUCUCUUGAUAGCAACUUCGUCUCUAUUAGAGGUCUAUUCGACAUUCUUCAGGCGUCUUUUACCUUAAAAAUGAGCAAAUGUUCAAUAGAGAAAUUAGAACAUUUAAUUGGCUCCCAGCUAGAUCGAGCUAAAUUGGAUGAUUUGCUUGUUCCUUCUCCAGCUGGUGAAAAAAUUGCUUACAAUAUCAGUCUAAUUCUUAGGUUGGUGGACAUAUUCCUCUCCACUAACCGCGAAAAAAUAUUAAUGUAUCAAGUGAAGAAAGUUGCUGAGUUAAUUGAUCUGUAUACCAUAGAAGUGGCCCCUGAUCCUCGUCUUAAACCUUCAAAGUUCUUGGCAUUGGCCAUGGCUAUGCCGGAUAUUGCAAGAGAAUCAUAUGACAACAUUUAUAUUGCCAUAGAUAUGUACCUCAAGGUACAUAUUAAUGCUUUAUGUGAAGAAGAAAAGAUAAAGAUAUGUUGUGUGCUGAACUAUGAGAAGCUCUCUGAAGAAACUCAGAAGGAAGCAGCUCAAAAUGAAAACUUUCCAGCUUGUGCGUUAGUCACUGUACAGAACAGGCUCAAAUAUUCAGUCACGAGGACUUCAAAUUUUUCUUAAAUAUUUGGUGAUCAUAUGAAUCAAUGUAGUCUUUCAAAAUCAAGCAGUGUAAUGUAUAUAUUAGUCUUUAACAUUAUAUGUAGGGUGUUUCUUUAA